AUGGAUAAGAGGUAUGAGGAGCUGGUGCAAUACCCAGGGUCAGAGGGCAUGCCUGUGGGGGGUUACGAAGAGGCCAUGAGGUCAUUGCCCCCACCUCACUAUGGCCACACUGUCCCAGAUUCUCUCAAACAUCACCGCGACCAGAUCUACGGUCAUCCUCUGUUUCCACUCUUGGCUCUGGUGUUUGAGAAGUGUGAAUUGGCCACCUGCUCGCCACGGGACACAAGUGCUCUCUCAGCCCCGCCCCAUCUCUCUGGCAUGACCAAUCACGGUGAUGUAUGCUCCUCAGAAUCCUUCAAUGACGACAUUGCUGCCUUUGCCAAACAAAUACGGUCAGAGAAACCUAUCUUUUCCACAAACCCUGAGCUAGAUAACCUGAUGAUUCAGGCAAUACAGGUGUUGCGCUUCCACCUACUAGAACUCGAAAAGGUUCAUGAACUCUGUGAUAAUUUCUGUCAUCGGUAUAUCACCUGUCUCAAGGGCAAAAUGCCCACGGAUUUGGUCCUUGAGGACCGGGAGGGCGGGUCUAAAUCCGACAUGGAGGAUUUCACAGGCUCUUGCACUAGUCUGUCAGAACAAACUCAGUCUUGGUUACGAGAUCCGGACGACUGUGUGUCAACACCCUCAGGAACUCCCAGUGCUUCCUGUGGCCUGACCUCACACAGUACAGAGAACUGCAGUGAUGCUGGAGAUGGGCUGGAUGGGGGCGUGGCUUCUCCUAGCACAGGUGAAGAGGACGAAUCAGACAGAGACAGGAGAAACAACAAGAAAAGAGGGAUUUUCCCCAAAGUAGCAACCAACAUCAUGAGAGCCUGGCUCUUCCAGCAUCUAUCGCACCCAUAUCCCUCUGAAGAGCAGAAGAAACAGCUAUCACAAGACACCGGUCUCACGAUCCUUCAGGUUAACAACUGGUUUAUAAACGCCAGACGUAGAAUUGUCCAGCCAAUGAUUGACCAGUCCAAUCGCUCAGGUCAAGGAACUCCGUAUAGUCCCGAGGGCGCGGCACUGGGAGGAUACGGACUAGACAGUCAGUCCCACCUAGGUCUCAGGACAGCAGGUCUUCAGGGAAUGCCCUCCCUGUCCGCUGACUACCCCGGGACGUUGCUUCCCCAGCCGGGUUACUCCCACGCUGGCCCCUCUCUCCACCCUUACCCAGGCCCACAUCCGGCCAUGCUGUUACACCCUCCACCUCAUCCCCACCCCGCUGAGCCGCUCAUAGGCCAAGGCCUGGACAUCCACGCCCACUAA